AUGUGCGUAUGUAAGAAAAGGCACCUGAGAAGUUGGACUCAGACUCGUUCCCACGACCACAUAGCAGCGAGUGAGGUGGUACACCAAGACACUUUUGCUGAGCUAUGGGGGAGCUUGACGGGGGGGCCAUCUCGUUCUCCCAUUGUGGUGGGCGAGGAAACCUGGACUGCUGAGUUUAAUGCCCUUGCAGAAGGAUUCGACGAAAAACUUUUUGAAAUUGGAGGAACACCGGGUGCCUCAUUUUGUUCUUCUGCUUCCUCGGUUCUGGAAACCUGCGACCAUCCAGGGAACCAUGAUUUUACCCUCCGGUUUCAGAAAUCUGGGACUGCAAAAAGCGUUACUUCAACGUAUUCCGAAAGCCUUAAUAAACUUUAUUGCCAGCUGGCAAAAACCAGCCCAGUGGAGGUGCUGGUCAGCAAGGAGCCUCCACUGGGCUCCGUGUUGAGGGCCACUGCUGUCUAUAAGAAGACUGAGCAUGUGGCAGAAGUGGUCCGUCGAUGCCCCCAUCACCAGAAUGAGGACGUGGUGGCACACAGAAGCCACCUGAUAAGGAUCGAGGGCAGUCAGCUCGUGCGUUAUUAUGAGGAUGCAAGGACUAACCGCCACAGCGUGACUGUGCCCUACGAGCCGCCGCAGCUCGGUGCAGAGAGGACCACCAUAUUGCUAAGCUUCAUGUGCAACAGCAGUUGCAUGGGGGGCAUGAACCGCCGUCCCAUACGCACCAUUCUAACACUCGAGACUCCAGAAGGGGUGGUCCUGGGUCGAAGGAGUUUUGAGGUUCGUGUGUGCGCUUGUCCUGGGAGGGACAGGAAAACUGAGGAGGGCAAUCAGGACAAAGCCCAAACUGACGUGAAGCAGCCCAAAAAGAGAAAAAGUGUCCCAGUUGUUCCUCCUCUCAAAAGGACAAAAUCAGCCUCAAGCGAUGAGGAUGAUAAGGUGUUCACCUUACAAGUUAAGGGCCGUGAGCGUUUUCAAAUGCUCAAGAAAAUCAAUGAUGGCCUUGAGCUGCUUGACAAGGAGAAAAAGAACAAGCCUAAAGACCCUGUCCCGUCCAGUGGAAAGAGACUUCUGGUCAAAGGAGAGAAGAGCGAGACGGAGUGA